AUGGUGAUCCAUCAGCCUAAAAGGGUCACGAUUGAUCUCAACCCCUUCAACUCCUUCUCUUUCUCCAUCUGCAUCGCGAGCUCGAAUGCCAACAAUGUCUCUCAAUCCGCUUCCACCACUACCAAUGACACCAACGAUAAUACUUCCAUGGAUAAUCCUCGUGAUACCAUCAAGUCCCAAAUCAACAGGUUCGAACGUACACUCGAUCAAGGAUCAUUUAAUGAUGCAAAACUUCUUGAUAUUAUUGGCAAACUGGACAAUCUUCAAUCUGAACUCGAUCAAGCUCGUAUACUACCACCAAACGCUAGGCUCGCCACAACACCCACGCAAAAGAAAUCGAACUAG